GCAAUCAGCCCACUAAAAUUUACAUUUGUCGAGUUUUUAACCUCGAAAUGUUGAAGUGAAAGGAACGACUUUUGAAAUGCCACAUCCCAACUCAGGAAGGAGAUGCCACAACCCAACUCUCGGGAAGGAGAACAACUGACUUCUCUAGCAGAAGCCAUAGCGAAUAAGUAUAGCAAAAACUAGAAACGGAAAGCUCUGAACAUCGCUCACUCUAUGACAACGAAUUUGUUUGUAUGAAGAUCAGCUUGAUUCCAUGGUAUGGACCUGAGUUUCACAUGUCCGCCGCCAUGGAGUGCCCCGUGUGCAUGGAGGAGCUCGACGCGGCCGGGAGGCGGCCCAAGAGCCUGCCGUGCGGCCACACCGUCUGCAGCCACUGCUUGGAGGGCCUGCGGGAGCGGACCUGCCCGCACUGUCGCAAGGACUUCGCGGCGCCAGGCUCUGCCAUGCCUGACAACUUCACUGUACUUGGACUUGUCGGAAAGAGGAACACUGUGGCAAAAAGGCUGUGGUGCCGUGACUGCGGCAAGGCGGCUGCGGAGGCGUGCGCCGACCUCGGCCACACCCUCCGUUCGCUGCGCAAGGCGCGGUCGGAGCGGGCAGCGCCAAGGCUGCAGCAGCUGGAACGCGCGGCCACGGCGGCGUCCAAGGCCGUGCAGACGCUGGAGGACGCCAAGGACGCCGUGGAGGGCCGGGAGCUCCGCGCGGCGGCGGACGAGGGCGGCGACCUGGAGGCUGGCCAGCCGUUGGGCCUGCAGCACCUGCAGGACGCGGCCAGCCUGCUGGAGGGCAUGGAGUGUGGGCUGCGGCACCAGGGCGGCACCGAGUGGAGGGGCGACCUGGGCGCCGGCCGGAGCCUGCUCGACGCGCUCGUGUUGCACCUGCACCGCGACGGCCGCAUCCGCAAGCAUCAGCCCGCAGUGGCUGCCCCGCCCCCAGCUCGGGACUGCAUUCAUGGGUUGGACCUGCUCCCUCUCAGUCGCUUUCCACCAGGCGCGCGGCAGGCAGAGAAGGCGGCCACACUGGCCAGCGUGCGCCAACAAGGGGUGCGGUGGAUGUCCAUUGACUGCCUCGUUGACCCUGCCUGGGUACUGAACGUGCUGCGGAGUACCGCCCCCACGCUGGAGAAGCUUUCCUUGACGAAUCCCCGCGAGGAGCACCUUCUGGCUGUGCACGCCAUGCCCAGACUGCGGCGGAUGAAGUUGUGGUGUAAUGACGGUGCCCUGGACGCACAGCCACCCGCGGUGCCCGCCCUGUCACUCGGCGGCGGCCUCAAGUGGCUGCGUGUUGCUGGACUCCCCCGGGCCACCCUGGCCUCCCUGCUACGGGCCCACAGUGCCUCGCUGGACCUGCUGUGGCUGAUGGUCGGUACUUGGGGGGGCGGCCCGUGGCCUAAAGGAUGCGACGACCUGGACGCCCUGCUGGGCCAGUGCGGCCUCCGCGUGUCCAGGGUCGUGCUGGGGAGAUGGUCCGCCAGCCACUUUGACUCAGCCUGCCUUGCGCAGGUGUCCGCCGUGCGGCGCGUGCUGCCGGCCGCCACGGUGCAGUGCUAUGAGUGUGACCAGGUUGCAUGGGAAGAGUUUUAGCGCGGCGCGCUCGAAGGGGCAGGGCAGCAGGCGAGACCCUCCAGUGUGGCGUGCGGGGAGCCGCCCGUUCGGGGAAGCAGCGCACAGUGCAGUGGCCUCGCAGAGAGCACUCUACGUUGGCUAAAGCCUUCAUGAGUUUGCUGGUUUCUGAGCGUUAGAAGUUGGACUGCCGCACCCAAUCUGUCGUUAGAUUGCCUUUGUCGUCACGUAUAUCCUCUGCUACAAAAAGACUUGGAAGGAAAGACAGGAAUGCUCAAGUGCCCUUCUUGGCUCGCGCGCUCUGGACUUAAAAGAAAACCGUUUUAUCAGUCAUGGUGCGGAUAGACUUAUUGAGUUGAAUGAAUUGUGCAAUGAUCCUCCAAAUAUAUUGAGUCAGAUUCCACAAAAA